AUGUUGUUAAAUUUCAUUAAAUGUAAGGCGCAAAUAAUUGCGGCGUCGUGUGUGUAUCUAGGGCAAAUGUUGGGGGGUUUUGUUCUAAGUUGGACAGCACCAGUCAUCCCCAAAUUGGAUGACAAAACCCAGUCACCAUUGACACAGCCUCUAAGUGAUAUAGAAAAGUCUUUACUGGCAUCAGUGUUGUAUAUUACUGGAUUCGCGGGUCUGUUCUUUGCAAGUUGGCUCUCAAACACCAAAGGCAGGAAACCCACUCUUAUUUUAGGAUCCACGAUAGUUCUCAUAUCUUUCUUAGUACUGGCCUAUUCUACAAAUUUCGCGUCACUCCUAGUUGGAAGGCUCAUUUGUGGACUUGGGGUGGGUCAGAUCGCUGUCAUAAACAUGAUCUAUAUUGGGGAGAUUGCGUCAACAAAUAUAAGGGGCAUUUUUCUAAGUACCCUUGACAUUUUGCAAACAUGUGGGUCACUUUUGUUAGUAUCAUCUGGACCUUACGUGUCAUACAAAAUGCUAAAUUACAUUGGUGCAACCGUCACCUUAUUUAGUGUUUUGGCUCUGCUAUUGAUUCCUGAAUCUCCCGUGUUUUAUGUUAUCAAAGAUGACGAGAAGAACGUCAAAGCCACCCUCGAAAGGCUGGAUCGAGUUAGUGAAAUGAAGGAAAUCUUCGAUUUAAACAAAGACAGGGUGGUGACGAGCGCUAAGGACGACUGGAGGGAGUUGUUCACUUCAAAGUGCAAUAGACGUGGAUUAUUGAUCAUGACCACUAUCAUGUCUUUGCAGUAUCUGAGUGGAAUGCUCGUAGUCCAGUUCUUCGUGACGUCGAUCUUCGAGAUCGCCAAGUCAUCUAUUAAGCCAGAGAUAGCGACAAUUAUAAUCGGUUGCACUCAGCUGAGCGGAGGUUUAAUAGUGCCCUUUGUAAUAGAGAAUGCGGGUAGACGAAGAUUAUUACUCGGUUCUACGGCUCUCUGCUGCGUCAGUAUGACCAUAUUCGGGUUAUACUUUUAUUUGAAGCAUAUUCAGGCGCCAAUAGUGGAUACCAUACAGUGGCUACCGCUAACCGUCCUCGUGGUAUUUUUUUUAAGUAACAAUAUGGGUUUCGGCACGAUACCAAGUACUCUGACCGGCGAGAUGUUUACGGGCAACGUCAGAGGUAAAGGAGCUGCACUGGUGACCUGCAUUUCUUGGGCUUUCGGCUUCGCAGUGACCACCGUGUUCAACACGAUGCUGACAGAACUUGGACCGCACUACAUGUUCUGGUUCUUCGCGUCCACCUGCGGACUCGCCUUCAUCUUCACGUUAUUCUUCGUGCCAGAGACCCAGGGCAAGAGCCUCGUUGAAAUCCAGGAAAUGCUAAAUAAAUGA